AUGCCUAUCGCACUCUCCCAGAUCGCCCAGGCCAAAAAUGGUCUCACAAAAUUCACAAACUGUCGCCUGCUGAGGGGUGACCAGCUGGUCAACGAUGACCUAUGGGUCAGUUCGGUCUCGGGCAAGAUCAUACACAGCCAAGCCUCCUUCUACGAUGAACUCGUCCUCCCCGACAGGACAAUCGACCUGGGUGGCCGCAUCGUCGCCCCCGGCAUGAUCGAGUGUCAGCUCAACGGCAUCUUUGGCUUCAACUUUUCCACUCUGAUGGAUGACAUGUCCCAGUAUGGAAAGAGGGUCAACGAGAUCAACCGUCAGCUCAUCCAGACGGGUGUCACGUCCUAUCUCCCCACAAUAACCAGUCAGAUGCCUGAGCUGUACCAAAAGGCACUCCCGUACCUGGGACCAUCGGGCCAAAGCCGUAUUGCCGACAACGGAGCUGAAUCUCUGGGAGCUCACUGUGAGGGGCCGUUCCUCAGCCCUACCAAGAAUGGCGUACAUAGUGUUGACGUGCUUCGUGACGCGCACACGUUUUCCGACCUGGAAGAGUGCUACGGUGCCUACAACAUCAACAAGGACAACAGCAACAUGCAGGCCCAGUCGGGGGACACUGCGCCACUCCCUAUCAAGAUGAUCACGGCUGCCCCGGAGCGCGGCCGGAUGACGGACCUGAUACCUGAGCUGACCUCUCGGGGCAUCAUCUACUCGAUCGGCCACUCCGAGGCCACAUACGAGGACGCCUCGGCCGCCGUCAACAACGGGGCCACCAUGAUCACGCACCUCUUUAAUGCUAUGCGCCCUCUGCACCACCGCAACCCGGGCAUCUUUGGCGUCCUGGGCACUGCCGAGGACAAGAACCGCCCAUACUUUGGCAUCAUUGCUGACGGCAUCCACCUCCAUCCCACUACCAUCAAGAUCUCCUACAACGCCCACCCGGACGGCUUCAUCCUCGUCACCGAUGCCAUGCACCUGGCCGGUCUGCCCGACGGGGCCUACCCCUGGACCAACGGGGAGAACACGUGCAACAUUGUCAAGACGGGUUCUACGCUCAGGCUCGAGAAUUCAGAGACGAUUGCUGGAAGCUCCAUCACCCUUCUCGAAUGCGUCAACAAUUUCCUCCGCUGGUCAAGGGCCAGUGUCCCGGCGGCCCUCAACGCGGUGACGGCCACGCCGGCGUCAAUGCUAGGCUUGGAGGGCGUCAAGGGCACGCUGGAUGCCGGCGCUGAUGCUGACCUGGCCAUAUUUGACGAGAAGAUUGACGCCGGCGGUGCCAGUCAGCUUUGCCUCGACCAGGUGUGGAAGUUUGGCACACGGGUCCUACCGUCUGAGACGAAGACCCUAUGA